GAAGUUAUGGUUUACAGAGCAUACAUGGAGCAUAAGUAAAAUUUAUUUACUGGAAAACCAUAAGUAAACUCAUAUACAGGCAGAGUUAAAAAGUGUUCUCUACUAAUUAAUUUGGCCAUCAAGCUAUAUAGACGUAUAGAAGGCUUCCAUUUCUGAACCAAAAGGUAUGACGUCUAAUCGCCGACAAAACACAACAUUUUCCGAUGAAGAAAAUCCAAAUCUUCCUACAGAAACGUCAGCACGGAGGGGAGACAAUUUUAAAUGGACACCUAAUCGAGAACGAGUAUUUAUUGAGUUAUACGACCGAGCAAUUGCCAUGGGCGAUUACCGCUUCAAAGAUCCAACUCCCGCUGGUCGAGAGUUUCUCGUUGAUAAGUUCAACCAAGAGUUUAAUAUUAACGUAAACUACCGGUUCUUCAAAGAAAAACUUGAUCAACUUAAACGAAAAUACAAGAAGUACAAACAGCUUAUGAAAAAUUCUACGGGCAUUUCGGUUGAUCCUACGACAUCUGUGAUAUCUGCGUCUGAUUCAUGGUGGAAAGAUCGUGAAGUAGACAGGAUUGUAAAAUCAUUUAAACGAAAGCCGCCGGAGCUCUGGGACGUGAUGCAACGAUGUUUCAUUUUAUAUGACGUCCAAUCACAGUCUCAAUACUCCUUGCACCAGAGAAGAGAAGAGUUGAUGAAUGACGGUCAAAAUAAUGAUGAAAGUCACUUUUACUCUGAAUCAUAUGGUGGUGAUAUACAACACACUCAGGUUCCUGAGACGCAAGAAAAUGAAGAAGUAUAUCGCGUUAAUAUUGAUGAUGAAAUGCGUCCUUCAAAUGAGUUCGUCCGUGAGAAUUUGCGUCAGAAUUCUUCACCUGCUGCUGAUCCUUUUCAGAAUCCUACUUCAAGAGUUCAACAACGAAGUGGAAUAAAGCGUGGAAGUAAUUCACAAAGAGGUGUAGGAAACUCUCGGAUCUCUGCCAGAAGUGGAUCCCAAGGAAGUCGAAGAAAACAAUCAUUCGAGACAACCCUCACAGAUACAAUGGCUGGCUUUAGAGAGUUUCAGUGCCAAAGUUUGCAACAACUACGUCCAAAUUCUUUUGACGAAGAUGAUUACAAUGAAUUCGAUACUGCUGUGAAGAUAUUCGAAUCAAUGGAGCUUCCAAAUGACACCAAUUUCUAUUGGGCGUGCAUUCAUGCAUUCAAAGAAGAAAGAUUUUGGCGCAAGUACUUUAUUGACAGAGCUGAAAGAACCACAGAAGAUAAGUUGAAGUUUUUAGAAGCUCUUACUGGAUAUACGCGGGACAACGAAUACGUGGGAAAGCGGUUAGAAUCAGGACAAAAUUUUGGAAGUCCAACUUGUGGGCAACGGAGUUCUGGGUUUCAUCAAUGGGGAACACCUCCAAAUCAACCACAAUGGGGUACACCUCCAACUGCACCACAGUGGGGAACACCGCCAAAUGCACCGCAAUGGAGUUCACCUUCAAAUGCUCCGCAAUGGGGUACACCACCAAAUGCCCCACAAUGGGGUGCACCGCCAAAUGCUCCGCCAUGGAGUUCAUCUCCAAAUGCUCCGCAGUGGGGUACACAACAUGUUCCACAAUGGGGUGCACCUCAAAAUUCUCAACAAUGGGGUUCAUCACCAAAUACUCAACAAUGGGGUUCUACAUCUGCUGUUCCACAAUGGGGUUCAUCACCGACCAGUCAUCAAUGGGUUUCAUCACAGGAUGCUCCACAAGAUAUUCGUCCGAGAAAUGUUCAACGUGGAUUUUCCCUAGAAACAGAAGUACAAACUACAACACAUGAAAAGGAAGUUCAUGUUUCUGAGAAUGUUGUCAGAGGAGUAUCACCAGAAUUUGGUUUCAGGAACUAUGCUUCUACAAGUAAAACAUCACGUCCAAGAAGACGAGGAGGAUUAUUCAACAUAUGGGGAUCUGAACGAGGACUAAAUCUAAAUGAAACACAAGAAAGUGAUUCCACUUCGGAUAACUAGCUUAAUAAGAUUUGUGCUUUGUUUGUCAUUGUUAUGUUUUGUUUCACAUUUUAUUUUAUUAUGUCUGUUAUGUAUUGUGCUUUAUGUUAAUGAUAAUUUCCACUGA